CCUCUCACAUUGCCGACCGAGUCAUCCUCACUGCGGCAGCACCACGUCGGACCGGGAUCCUCGAGGUGCCAGCCCAUGGCCGAGCCUGCCCUCCUCCCUGCCGCCCAGAUGGAGAGGCUGGCCCCAGCGCCCCUCGCCUCACCAUGUCCUCGGAUCCCGCGGGCCCGCGUUGCUAGGCGCUGCGCCCAGCGCUGGGCCGACCGGGGCUGCAGCUCUGGCCCCUCCUCAGGCCGAAUGAAUCAGCUUCCCCAGAAGAAUCCCCUGCAACCACGCCCUGCCGGCUGUUCCCACUCCCGGCUGUCCUCGGCGGAGAGCUCCAGCAUGGAUGGCUUUUGGAUGGAGGUGGAACGGAUCCAACAGAGAGAUGAGCUGAGGGAAGAGGACAGUGGCGGGAAUGAAGGCCAGUUUCCAGAGGGGGAAGCUGAAUCCCAGUGGCUGCAUGACACAGGCCUGUCGGGCCUCCUUGGUGGCCUUGGCUUGGACAGCGAUCACAAGGAGCUCCUGUCCACCCUGACACAGACCCAGGUGGCCGCUGUGUGCCGCCGGCUGGACCUCUAUGCUCGCUCAGUGCGAAGACAACACAAGACACCUGCCAGAGAUGUCAGGGAUGUCUUCGGGGUCUUCAAUUCAGCGAAAAUGUCGUCAGAGAAUGGGGACUCUGGUAUGAACGGGGCCCAGCUCAGUUCCGAAGCCUCUAAGUCUCCUCCAGCAGCAGAGCCUGGGGGGCCGCAGGAGCAGGCUGGGAGCUCGAAAGCCUUCACUGACUCUGCCUACUCAGAACAAGCUGCGGUGCUUCUGCAGAAGAGCAGGCCAUCCCAGCGAGGCACCUCUGCCUGGGGCAAGUGUUCCCUUGCCGAAGUUUACCAUCCCCAAAGGCAGAAAACUCGCCUCUUCGGUGUGCCCCUUGACAGCCUGCUAGAAGCUGACCACAAAGUCCUCCCCAGCACACAGGUCCCACUGGUCCUUCAGGCCCUGCUGUCCUGUUUGGAAAAGAGAGGACUGGACACAGAAGGCAUUCUCAGGGUGCCCGGAUCCCAGGCUAGGGUCAAGGGGCUGGAACAGAAGCUGGAGAGAGACUUCUAUGCUGGCCUUUUUAGCUGGGACGAGGUUCAUCACAAUGACGCCUCCGAUUUGCUCAAAAGGUUCAUCCGGAAGCUGCCGACACCUUUGCUCACGGCUGAGUACCUCCCGGCCUUCGCUGUGGUGCCCAACAUCCCCGACCUGAAGCAGCGCCUGCAGGUUCUUCACCUGCUCAUCCUCAUCCUCCCAGAACCCAACAGAAAUGCCUUAAAGGCGCUGCUGGAAUUCCUCAGGAAGGUGGUGGCCCGGGAACAACAUAACAAGAUGACUCUGUGGAAUGUUUCCACCGUGAUGGCCCCUAACCUCUUUCUGCACCAUGGGCGGCCCCCCAAACUCCCUAAAGGCAAGGAGAAGCAGCUGGCAGAGGGGGCAGCCGAGGUGGUGCAGAUAAUGGUGCACUACCAGGAUCUGCUGUGGACGGUCGCCUCUUUCCUGGUCGCCCAGGUGCGAAAACUGAACGACAGCAGCAGCAGGCGCCCUCAGCUCUGCGACGCGGGCCUCAAGACUUGGCUGCGGAGGAUGCACGCAGAUAGGGACAAGGCGGGGGACAGCCUCGAGGCGACUCCCAAGGUGGCAAAGAUCCAGGUGGUCUGGCCUAUCAAGGAUCCCUUGAAGGUGCCUCUCACCCCCAGCACCAAAGUGGCCCACGUCCUGAGGCAGUUCACAGAGCACCUCAGCACUGGUUCCAAGGGUCAAGAAGGCAGUGAGGACAUGAACAGCCUCCUUCUACAUCACAGGCCCAUGGAGUCAGCCAACAUCCUCCUCUAUGAAGUUGGAGGGAAUAUCAAUGAGCAUCGCCUGGACCCAGAUGCCUACCUCUUAGAUCUGUACCGUGCCAACCCACAUGGCGAGUGGGUCCUUAAACAGAGCCCCACCUAAACCCUGCGACUCUCAGGAGCAGCCUGGAUGCCUCCUCCUCUCCCCUGCUGGCUCUGUGUCCAUGUACCCAGCAUGAGAACAAAGCUAUUUCAAGGGAAGGUCUGAGUUUUCUUCCAAGGCAUCGUUCUCUGAAAUGCCUUUCAGACCCCUCAGAAAUAGACUCAGGACUAGUGCUCUCUCCACUCAGAGGGGAUGAGGGGCCAGGGCCUCAGGGAGGGGAAGCCAACACAACCCUGGGAGAACUGGACAGAGGAAGAACUUCCCUUCACCGUUCUCAUGUUUUAACCACGCACACAAAGCCCUCGCUCCCCUCCACCCCCUAGCUCUCCGGAGAGUUGCUUCCUACAUCAAGCUUGCUGUUAUGACACCAUCACUUGGGGCACUUGGAUCUCCAUGGGCUUCUGUCCAUGGCUUCUAGACUGGAGGAAAUUUAAAAAUGCAGCACCUCUAUCAAGAGAUAGUUGGAUUUUUUUCCCCCCAGGUAAGAUUGUUUUGAAAGUGGCCCUACAAUGUGUAGUGGCAGCAGCACCAGAAACAAGACCAGGAGAGCUCUAUGACCUUGGACAAGCCCCUUGCCCUCUCAGAGUCCUUCAAGGAUGAGGAGCUGGGGCCUCAGGGAGAGGAAGCCAACAUCGCAGCCAUGAUCAGCCCCAGGAGAACUGGGCAGAGGAAGACUUUGCUUCACAGCUCUCAUGCUUUACAUGUUGAUUUGUAUAACCUUGUCAUUUUGUAAUACGAUAUUUAAAUUGUUUAAACAUUAAAGGCACAAGUUC